AUGACCGAACCAAUUGCUGUUAUUGGAAUCGGUUGUCGACUGCCUGGGAGUGUCACUACACCAUCUGAGCUGUGGAGUCUACUGAAAGAUCCGCGCGACAUCUUGACCAGAAUCCCAGCAUCAAGGUUCCAUUCGCAAGGCUUCUACCAUUCUAACGGCCAGCACCAUGGUCACUCCAAUGUCACCCACUCAUAUUUCCUCUCUACGGAUGAUUCUUCUCAUUGCUGCUUCGAUGCCAAGUUCUUCAACGUUCGACCUGCCGAGGCGGUUGUCAUGGACCCGCAGAUUCGGCUCCUUUUGGAAGUCGUCUACGAAGCUCUAGAUUCCGGUGGCUUGCCAUUGGAAGAUCUUCGAGGAUCAGAUACAGCAGUAUAUGUUGGCCUUAUGAUGGGCGACUACGAAAGGCUAAUGCUUCGGGAUGAAGACACGAUCGGACAAUAUCACGUUACUCGCACUACACGAUCUUUAGCAUCAAAUCGCAUCUCAUACUUCUUUGACUGGCAUGGGCCUUCGAUCACAGUGGAUAUGGCUUGCAGCUCCAGCCUCGUUGCAGUACAUCACGCAAUUCAACAACUACGCUCCGGGCAAUCUCGGGUGGCCAUCGCAGCUGGAGCGAACCUAAUACUUGAUCCGCAUCAGUACUGA